UUCCUUGUACCGUACCAUAGAAUGAUAUAGCGGUCAGUAUCUUUCUUGAGUCAAGCUACAUUGAAGAAGCACUCGAGAUGAAAAAGAAAGGGCAAUGUCCUACUACGAUAUUGACGCCAUCUUGACCGACACCCAGAAACUGCCUUGUACUUUCCAGCUCGAUGUACCAGGACUGGGCUAUUUGGACGGCAAUGCCGGCGGUACUGUCAAAUCUGGCACGACUAUAGAGUUACCAAUGUGGUUAGGAGUAAUGCUUGCAGUCUCGACUGGAGCUACACCCGGAGCAUCCCAGCUGGUCACCCUCAACUUCCCUACGCCGCUUCAGCAGCGGGUGAUCAAUGCUCUAAAAGCAGACCCGAAGACGGUCGAUCUACGAGCGCAAGCACCACAUUUUUACGCGCUUGGUGCUCGUAUUAUGGAGUUAUUUGAUGAUCAAGCUGUCUUAGACACUUUGUUGGAUACAUUCAAAGCACGAGCGUCAGAAAUUGCUGAUCAAGCGCACAACCCGCGAGGUGCCCUCGGAGAUGGUGCUGAGUUUCUGAGGGGCCUGGAUGAGACCGAGCGCCAGCUCUUCAAAGCGGCCCACGAGGGACCUAAAGCCGUAAAGGCUUGGACGCAGGAUCAGAAGAAGAAUUCAUGAGAGUGGCAGGGGUUCUUUGCGGAGGACGGACUUGAGUUGCAUCACGGUAUCAUAUUGAAUUAUUCGACGCCACACCCACCCUGACGCCUGGCCUGAAACCAGAAAACAAAUACAACAAGAUCUCUCGUAGGGAGAGAAUCCGCCCAGUCGCUAAAGCUUCAUAAUGUGGAGGAAUGGUUCCUUCUG